CCGACAACAGCGCCCCCGCCCGCCGGCACCGCCGGGGGGGGCGGUGGCGGGGCAGCGGCGGCCGCGGGCCGGCCAUGAGGGCCGCGCUGGUGGGGUACAGCAGCUCGGAGGAGGAGGAGGAGGAGGAGGAAGGGGGGUGCCGGGGCAGCGGCGCGCAGGGCCCCCCCCGGGCCAGCGCCGGCCGCCCCCGCCUGCCCGCCCCCGUCGGCCUGCCGGACGGCCCGGAGCAGGCCACCAGCGACGACAGCUCCCGGCACGGCGGCCGCGUCCGCGGCUUCCCCCACGAGAGGGGCAACUGGGCCACCCACGUCUACCUGCCCUACAACGCCGAGGACGAGUUCCUGGAGCUGCUGGAGCUGCUGGUGGCCCACGCUCGCGCCCACGUCCCCUCGCUGGCUGCCAUGGAGGAGUUCCACCUCAGCCUCUCGCAGUGCGUGGUGCUGCGCUACCACUGGAUAGACCCCUUCGUCCGCUCGCUCCGGGAGCACCUGGCUUCCUUCCACAGGUUCUUCUGUGUGGCUGACCAGGUGAAAGUUUACACCAACCAGAACAAAACCAGGACUUUUAUUGGCUUGGAGGUCUCUGCUGGGCAUUUCCAACUGCUGGAGCUGGUCUCAGAGGUGGACAGAGUUCUGGAGGAAUUUGACCUUCCCACGUUCUACAAGGACCCAUCGUUCCAUAUCAGCUUGGCCUGGUGUGUCGGGGACCUGUCUGGAAGGCUGGAAGGGCAGUGUCUACGGGAGCUCCAGGACAUUGUGGAUGGGUUUGAGGACUCUGCACACCUGCUGCGUGUCCAAUGGGAGCAAAUCCGCUGCAAGUCAGGGAACAAGUACUUCUCCUUCCCCUUGAGGUAGGGGCCGAUGGGGCUGUGCAUUUCAGAGCCUCAGAGAGCCUGAUGUUCAACCAAGGACUGUUCUCCAGCACAGCUCUGAGCAGUACACACACCUCCCGUGCUCUUCUUGCCUGCUCAACAUCUCUGGGGUGUUUGUGGCCAAAGUCGGGCUACUUCCAAGUGUGAGUUGCUGGCUGAAGAAAUGUGUGUUUGUAGCAGGUUUUGUCCUUGCUGCUGAAUAUACUGCAGUCAGCACUGGCGGGUUCCAGCCAUUCCACAGUUGGUAAUUUUGCAGAUUUUUUUUUUUUUUUUAAAGGAGGAAAAAAAAUCUCUGUAAAAGCCACAGAUGCCUUAUGGGAAGGAGGAAGAAGGUAGCAUGGGAAGCUGUUGCUAAAGGAGAGUGUGUCUCACAUGGUUGGAAAUAGCACUGCCGGAUUGUCAGGAGACUCCGAGCACGGUUUGAGUAGCAAGAGGCAAGGACACAGAGUUGGACUGUCUUGCCAGAGCAUCUCCCUACUGUAAGCCAGCUCAGACAAGUUCCUGAGUCAUGUUGUGUGCGCUCUCACACUGCUGCUGCCUCUAUAUUCAGCAUCGGAUCCUUUUGCUAGACAGCAAAAGAUGAAAGCUGGAGGGGAGAGGCUAGCAGCUCCUUGUGUUUCGGUGCUCCAGGCUGGGUGUAAAAGAAGAACUUUAAGAUUGUGUAUGCCAUAAACCCAGGACUUUUUUUGGCUGGGCUGCUUCUCCGGGGAAGCUUGCUGCCGCGUGUGUGCGAGCCCAGGAGAGGGCAGUGUCAGCUUUGGCCUGGGCUGGAAGGGCAGUGCCCCUGCGCGAGAGUUGCUGCGUGCUUUUCCCCCGGGGAACAGCCCCUCCGCUGCCACGGUGACCCUGGGGACGAUGACCCUGGGGACGGCAGGCUGGACUUUGGCUCUGGGGAGAAGCUUCUUUCCAACCCUUUUGUUCCUGUGGGGCGGUCUGCAGCGCUGCAGCCUCUCGGGUAUUCGGAGCAGGAUGCCUGUGUGCUGCCCUGAAUCUUUCAUUCCCCGUCUGUCUGAUGAAAGACUGCAGGACUUAAGAGCAGUAAAAAUCUCUCCUCAUGCCAUAAA